AUGAUAAGAGCUACAGACAAUGAAAAUGAUCCCAUGGUCUUCUCGCUGGAUUCCUCGGUUCAGGAUCUGCUCCAGAUUGACAACACUGGUAAUUUGACACUUCAAAAAGAACUCGACAGAGAGACGACAGAUCAAUACCAGGUUACAGUAUAUGUUGCUGACCAAUGUAACGGUUGCACCUUAGCGGAUCGGAAGACAUCAAAAUUGUUCGUCCUGAUCGUUGUCGAUGUUAAUGAUAACACACCAACCUUCGUCAGUACUCCAUAUUUGGCUAGAAUUGCUGAGACGAACACCUUUGCAAUAAGCAACCAUGAUGGCAAGAUAACCGUCAAUGGACCUCUGGAUUUUGAGAAAGUGCAGCGAUAUACACUGUUUGUGACUGCAAAGAUUUUCAAAUCUCCAAAUCUAUCACAUUUGUUCCAGGGAUCACUGAUCGUGCAAGUGCAAGCAGUUGACGGUGAUGCCGGAGUUGGCAACGCAGUCACUUAUGAAAUAAUAAGUGGUAAUGAUGAAGGUCUGUUCGCUAUUGACAAGACUUCUGGAAACAUUACCGUGAAUGGCACGAUUGAUGCCGAGAACGCGGACUUCUUCAGCAUUACUGUCCGGGCAUCUGAAGUAGUCGAUCCAUCUUCUAACUCUACCGCUGUAGUGCUGAUAACGGUUCUGGACACGAAUGAUAACUCGCCCCAGUUCCUACAAAAUAGCUACCACUUCAAUAUCAGAGAGGACCUGGCACUACCUGGUUACAUUGUAACUGAUCGGUUUAACGUGCAGGAUGAAGAUAUCUAUCCUCAAAACCGACGGUUUCAGUACUCUUUAUCAGGAGAUGACAGCAGGUUCUUCACAAUUGAUCCAUCCUCUGGCCUUCUGAAAGUAAAUGCUAGCUUGGAUUACGAGCAGGGAAAAUUCAAUUUUUCUUUCAAGAUAUUUGCAAAUGAAACCGAAACGAGUGAGGCGCUUUCAGGAUUCGCUCUCAUAGAAGUUGAGUUGAUUAACAUCAACGAUAACGAACCCACAUUCAAUAGGAGCUCGUACAACUUCACCUACGAUGAAGAAAUCCCUGUUGGUUUUGUCAUCGGAACAGUAACGGCUACGGAUGCUGACCUUGGUUCUUAUGGAGAAAUUAAUUACGAGCUUUAUGGAGCUGGGGCAUCAAGCUUCACAGUCGAGUCAACAAAUGGUACCAUCAAAGCCACCAAAGUCUUGGAUUACGAGAAAAGCACAGAGUUUGUGUUCUUUAUGCUCGCAAACGACGGAGGAAGAUUCUAUGAGGAAAACAAAAAUUACGUAACCAAAAUCCAUGUUUUCCUGAAGGACAUCAACGAUAACGACCCGAUUUUCCUGAAUACACCGUAUGCCGCUGAUAUCAAGGAAAACCAAACGGACGUUGUUUUUGUUUAUCAGGUGUCAGCUACAGAUGUGGACAGUGGAGACAACGCUAAGGUUUCCUUUAACAUAACGGAUGGAAAUACCAACGGUGCUUUCGCUAUUAAUAGCAGUGGCGUGGUGACAACAACAAAGAAACUUGACCGCGAAACGGAGUCGUCGUAUUUACUCACGAUCAUGGCAUACGAUCAUGGAAACCCGCCGAGAAACACAACAACAGUUCUUGCUGUCACAGUGCUUGAUUUGAACGAUAAUCCACCAGUGAUUUCAGGCGGUGACAACCUCACAACCAGAGUUAGCGAGGGUGUAGGCGGGGGAACAGUUGUUUACACUCUUCAAGCAACCGAUCGAGAUGCAGGAAGCAACAAGAAAUUAACCUAUGCAAUCUCAUCGGGUAAUAAUGGAGAAUUCAUCUUGAACAGCAACACUGGUGUGCUGCAGAUAUCUCCUACAGGAUUGGACCGAGAGCUACAUUCAAACUACAACCUGACAAUUAAUGUCACUGACGCUGGGAAUCCAAUGUUGUGGGACUCGUCAGUUUUACACGUGGAAAUACUCGAUAUAAACGACAAUACUCCAGAAUUUGUUCCCAGUCCUUCCGCAUCCCUUUCCACGUACAUCAGACUUACUGACGAAGGCCCAGAGAGUGUAAACAGUGUCAUUAUCGAUGUUAAUGCUACUGAUAAAGACGCAGGAACAAAUGCUGAGAUCGUCUAUUCCAUGUCUGGAGAUGAACAUGGUUACUUCCAGCUAAAUUCAAGCACAGGGGUUUUGUCCGUGCGUAAAGUUUUGGACAGAGAGAACUCGGACAUGACUUUGGAUGCGCAGGAAAGAGGAGUGUUUUCUCUUGAUAUUACAGCUACUGACCAAGCUCUUUCUAGCAAUAAGCGAAAGAGUUCUACUGUUAGGGUAACCGUUAUAGUCAAUGACGUCAACGACAACACGCCACAGUUUAUCAAUCCACCCCAGUCCACCCACGUCAGCGAGGCGGCUCGGCCUGAGAGCAACGUCAUCCAGGUCCCAGCCGUGGAUGAAGACCUGGGAUUCGCUGGCAAAGUCGUGUACAACAUUACUGGUGGAAAUACCGAUGGUGAUUUUGAAAUAUCCUCGGGUGGUUACAUCUUAGUCAAGAAAACAUUAGAUGCUGAAGUGAAAUCCUUGUAUACCCUUACUGUUGAAGCAAAGGACCAGGGUCAACCAAGCAGAUCUAAUACGACGGUCGUGUCCAUCAUUGUUGACGAUGUCAACGACAAUGACCCAGUCUUCAAUCAGUCUUCGUACCUUGCUCACGUGAUGGAAAAUUCCAUCGUGAGCACGAGUGUCGUAACAGUUUACGCAACUGACCAGGAUCAAGAGGCCAAUGGCCGAGUGUCUUACGCGAUCACCAGUGGCAAUACAGGGGACGCAUUUGAGAUCAACAAUCAAACAGGAAUGGUAACAGUUAAGGGAGUUAUUGACCGGGAGAAUAUUAAAGAAUACUCACUCACUGUACAGGCUGAGGACGGAGGACAUCCUUCUAGUAGAAAGGCAUUCGCAGACCUUGUAAUAAAAGUGCUGGAUGAAAACGACAGUCCACCACAGUUCAAAGAAAGUUCGUAUGAGGCAGCCAUUGCAGAGAACUCCAUAGCAGGAGCAACUGUUGUACCUACCGUCACCAUAAGCGCUACAGAUGCAGACGAAGGCGUCAAUGCUGAGAUUUCAUUUUCUCUUCGAGGUCCUGGAUCAGACAAUUUCGAAAUCAACAGAACAACGACAGUCAUCACCACACGCUACAACAAUUCUCUUGACAGAGAAAGGAACGACUCUUACCAUUUGACACUAAUUGCCUCCGAUGGCGGUAACAAAACAUCGUCGGUCCCACUGGUAGUCAAAAUAAUAGAUGUCAAUGACGAACGCCCCCGGUUUAGUCAGCAGGUGUAUUAUGCAAACGUGUCUGAGGACGCUUCCCGAGGCACAACAGUCAGAAGGGUGACCGCCACAGAUCUUGACUUUUUGGUUUUGAAUAAGGAGAUCACAUAUACAUCGACAGGAGCAGAUGCCAAGUUUUAUAUCAAUAGAGCAACAGGUGAUAUCAUUGUAGAUUCCAACUUGGAUAGAGAAUUCAAAAGUCAUUAUGUACUUUAUGUAAUAGCAGCAAACAUAGGGCAAAAUGCAAUGGAAGGAGAGUGUCAAGUUAACAUCACAGUCACAGACGUUAUUGACGAAAAACCUUUCUUUGAAAGCGAAGUGUUAACAUUUCAUGUCUCAGAGAAUGCUUCUAUUGGUACGAAAGUAACUCAGCUCAUGGCGCAAGACAAGGAUAUUGGCGAUACGCUUACUUAUUCCCUAACAGAGCGCGAUUCGAGUGGACAUUUUCGUAUAAACCGGACCACGGGUGUGAUAACGACUGCCAAAGAUCUCGACAGGGAAAAUAUGACUGAACAUGUGGUAUACGUACAGGCUACCGAUAGCGUUAAUCUGACGUCGGAUGAAGUGCAGAUCGUGAUUAAGGUUGAUGAUGUCAACGAUCGUACGCCAGUGUUUACAAAGGUUUUCUACGUGCAGGAUUACAGAGAGGAAUCACCAAAAGACACAAGUAUUCUGACAGUUGCAGCAAGGGAUGCCGAUACGGGCAGAAACGCCGAGAUAAGAUUCAGUAUCGUGGGCAACGCUACAAAAUACGUAGCGAUCGACCCCGUUAGCGGACUUAUUUCCCAAGCUGAUAACGAGCUUGAUCGUGAGUUGUCGCCAUAUUUUAACUUCACCGUUCGUGCAACUGACCUGGGUUCUCCACCAUUGUCGUCUGAAGUCGAGGUGUCUGUCAAUCUGGUCGAUAUCAAUGAUAACAGCCCGACUUUCAACAAGACUGUAUAUCAAGCUUAUGUUAUGGAAAAUCAGCCAAUUGGUACUCCGCUUCUGGUAGUCACGGCAACCGACAAGGAUGAAGGAAUCAAUGCGAGGCUUUCUUAUGGACUUACGGGAGGCAACUUUCGAUUCCAAAUCGACCAGAAUACCGGAAACAUUACCACAGCAGUUCGCUUAGACCGAGAGCAAGCUGGUGCCGAGUCGUAUACCUUGACCGUAUUGGCUGCAGACGAUGCAAUAAGAAGCCGCCAGGGAACAACACAGGUUAUUGUAACUGUGUUGGAUGAUAAUGAUCACCCGCCCGUCUUCACGCGAUCAAAUUACGACUUCCGAGUUGCUGAAAAUGUCGAUGUUGGACAUCUUGUGGGAACGGUGACUGCCUCGGAUGAGGACAAAGGAAUAAACGCGAAGAUAUCUUUUCUCGUAACGGCAGAAGAUGGAAGUCUCCCUCUCACUGUGAAUGAAACAACAGGCGAUAUCGAGACUACUGGAAAACUAGACAGAGAGACCAACAGCUCCUUCACCUUAGUCGUCAUUGCACGAGACAACGGAAGCCCAUCUCUGGAAAGUAACGCAACGGUCACAGUUGUAAUAACUGAUGUAAAUGACAACGCGCCAACUUUCCAGCAAGCAACCUACAACGUGACAGUGCGAGAGAGUGCAUUCCCCAAAACUACGGUGGAAACUGUUUCUGCAACGGAUCCUGACGAAGGAGGGAACGGUCAGUUUCGAUACAGCAUUGAAAGUGGAGAUCCCGAUGAUCAGUUUGCUAUAGGCGCAACUUCUGGCGUCAUCACCCUCAGGCAAAAACUGGACCACGAAACGAAGAAUUUUUACAACAUCACAAUCGAAGCUCGCGACCUAGGCAGCCCCGCCCUCUCGGGCUAUACAAGUCUCCUAGUAACCGUUAGUGACGUAGACGAUAAUGCGCCUGUUUUCCACCAAAAUGAGUAUACCGCAAGCCUAUUAGAAAAUGCCACUGCGGGCACGUUUGUCGCCCAAGUGAACGCCACGGACAUGGAUGCAGACGAAGCGCACAAGACUAUAUAUUACAGCAUCGAUGGAGGCGAUGACGAGAGAAAGUUUAUUAUUGGCGAGUUAAAUGGCACAGUGUACUUGAAUUGGUCUGGAGAUGGGCUCGAUCGUGAAAAAGUAUCAGAGUACAAACUGACUGUAGCCGCCAUCAGCCGAGUGAAUAACACAGAGCAAAAAUCAACAGUUCUUCUGACUGUUACGGUUGGGGAUGUCAAUGACGUCACACCAAUGUUUGAGCCCCAGUCCUACCUCAAAUCAGUGAUAGAGGACAUCGGAGAACUGGAACCAGCAGGGGACAGGAAAAUACUUACAAUUUCCGCUAAGGACGAUGACGAAGGAGACAAUGCGAAAAUCGUCUAUACAAUCACUAAAGGAAACGACGAAGGAGCGUUUAUAUUAAACAACGUCACCGGAGAAUUGUCAAAAGCCACAACCUUGGAUAGGGAAGUGAGAGAUUUUUACAGUCUGUUGGUAACUGCCACUGAUCAAGGCCAGCCACCUCUAUUCAAUCAAACUACGAUAAAUAUCACUAUACUGGACGCCAAUGACCAAAUUCCAGAAAUACAGACACAGACAUUGUUCUCUGUGCUUGAGAAUACGACAGUUGGUACGCUUAUCACGACAAUGAAUGCCACGGACAAAGACACUGGUGUUAACGCUCAGUUGAAGUUUACUAUCAUAAGUGGAAAUGAUGACGGAAUAUUUGAGCUCAAUGAAACCAGUGGCGAGCUGUUUACAGCGAAGAGCCUCGAUUAUGAUGAAGAACCCAAGUCAUACAAGCUCACUAUAGAAGCCCAGGACCUUGGAAGCCCCCCUCGGUCAAGCGUGAAGACUAUAACAAUUGCUUUGGAGAACAUUGACGACAAUAUACCUGUUUUUAACAAGCGUCAAGUCAGCUUAUCAGUUGGUGAGAAUCUUCCAGCUGGGGCUGAAGUUGGGACGAUAGCAGCUUACGACGCCGACCAGGCUGAACCUAUUUAUUAUUACAUACAAAGUGGAAAUAGUGGAAACAUGUUCGCCUUGAAUGAGACAACUGGAAUGUUAACAACCACUCGACCUGUUGACCGAGAGGCUAGUGCACAAUUCUUCCUCUACAUAAAAUCGUCGAACGUAAAGCUCGAUCCAGCCUCUCUGCAGCCAAGAAACAAACGAGCGGUCCCGGAUGCUAGCUCAAAUGAGACUAACGCGACACAGGCACCAUUACCGGAGGAUCUCGGGGUGCAGUUAGUGAUUGUAAAUAUUGCAGAUGAAAACGACAAUGGUCCCCUUUUCACUAAGAAGCUAUAUACUGGAGGAGUCUCCGAAGACGCAAAGCAUGGAAGCAACAUAAUUCAAGUGUUCGCUAAAGAUUCUGAUGCGGGUAAUAAUAGCCGUAUUUCAUACGAGCUCAUGCAAACUAAAGAUAGCGACGAGUUCAGUAUUGAUCGUGAGACUGGCUGGAUUCAAGCAAAAUCUUCUUACGCCGGCAAGUUUGGGGAGGAGUUUGUCAUCAACGUUAUUGCGAAGGACAAUUUUGGAGAAGAACCUUACUUUAACGACACUGCGGAAGUCAAGAUUUACGUGCUCACAGAUAUUCAGCGAGCCGUUAUCAUUUCAGGAAGAUCUCCGGAAUAUGUUCGGGAAAAUCAAGAAGAACUAAAACGAAUACUGGAGAAUAUCACUGGUUAUAUCAUAAAUAUUGAUGACAUAAAUUACUACAAAGAUGAAGAUGGAAAAUAUGAUUAUGACAGGACAGCGGUACUGUUUCAUGCUGUUGAUCCCAAAACUAAUAAAGUCGUCGAUAAAGAUAUUGUCAUAGACAAAAUUGACAACAACUAUGACAAGCACCUCAAAUUUUUCCAGCAGUGGGAAAUCGAAGAAGUGAAGGCUCAAGUCGAUCCCAAGACAGAUGACGAAUUCCCUAUUGUGUGGGCUGUAGUUAUCGGCUUGGGCAUUCUCUUAUUCUUAAUCAUCUUGAUCUUCUGCUGUGUGGUUUGCCAGCUGAGGAAGAGGCAAAAAAGAAAACUGCGAGCCGCAACCGCAGCUAGUUACGGAGGUUCUCGUUCAGUCAACAAUGGAACAGUAACAUCGCUUCCAACAACCAACAUGCACAUCAGUGAAGGAUCAAAUCCAGUGUGGGUUGACCCGUACCACAACUGGGGCCUGAGAACUGAUGACGAAGAUGCAAACGAGCCCUCGCCCUUCUAUGGAGGUACUUUCCACAUAGUCGAGGGUGGUAAAGAAGAACUGUAUGAGGCACAGGAAUCUUCAACAGAUGGCCGGGAAGAGGACGAUAAAAUGGGAGCAAGUUUUUCUGGAAGCAGAAAAAGUUCUACAUCACCCCCAUCUCCUGAAGCUUAUGAAUCCUCGCCAAUGACAGACAGAAAAUACUAUUCACCAAAAUUUAUAGUCACCAGUAUUUAAAUGGCAAUUACUACAACUUGCCGUCAGCACCCUUUAAAAGUUUUUUAAGAAAUUUUAAGAUAGGAAAAUACGGUUCUUUUAUAUAGUUUUUAUUUUUUAAAAUAUAAAUUAUCAGAGUUAACAAAAAAAACUCCUUAUUAGAUUAUGUGAGCACGUAUCUUAAUUAAGGCAGUAAUGAGUAAAUUCAUACGAAAUGACUCUAUUGGUAGUUCUAAUUUGCCCUUUAUUGCGAAUGGCUACGGUUUCUUCCAUUUUGCAUAAUGUUCCACUAAUGUACGUUAUGGUCGUUUUAUCGAGUCACCUUUUUUGCCUGGCACCAUAUGGCGCAUGCGCAAACAAUGACGCCUGCGCAAACAAUGGCGCAUGCGCAGCAAUCUACAGGGUUUGAAUGGGUUGAAUAGGACAAAACGUUAACUGUUGGUUGAAAAAUGACAAGCAUUUUAACUGGUAACAGAUCUGAGAUCUGCCAAAUUUACGAAUUGCUUAGAAAUGGCUGAGAUUUUAAUUGAUAGCUGAGAAAUAGUGGAAAUUUUCACCUUCCACUCUAGACUCUGUAACCCCCUUCUAAACCAUUAAUCUAAACAAGAGCCUAGCAAUAUCUUAAACUAUUGACCGGCCAAUUGCUACUUUGCUACUUGUAGUUUUCUCAACGUAAGUUGGUUUUUGAAAGCCACAUUUGGUGCAAUGUGAUGCAAAUGUAAGUAUAAUUUACGUAGAGUUGUAAAACUUGCAUAUUAAUGUGGAAUUCAAUGUAUUUUCUACGCCUUAAUCUUACUCUAGUCUUAAAGAUAUGCACAAACUCAUGAAGGUAACUUGUUUCACUCUAAAGCGUGUCUCAAAUUGAGACCUGCAGUAUAAGUGUGGUAAUUGUUUUAAAAUAAUACAGCCUCUUUGGACCUCCAAUAUUUGUAACAAUAAUUAGAAAAAACUGUUAUGAUGCCCCAUCGAAGAUGGCUAAAUUGUACAAAAAUAAAAUAAUAGAUACUGUAAAUAAAAUAUUGGAUAAUAA